AUGCGGUUCUCUUCAUUGAGCCUCCUCGCUGCUGCGGGUGCGCUGGCUUCAGCUUCCAGCUUCAAGUCUGGAGAGUAUGACUACAUUGUUGUUGGUGGUGGUCCUUCUGGUAUUAUCACUGCUGAGCGUUUCAUUGAAGCUGGCAAGCGUGUUCUGCUCAUUGAACAAGGUACCGGACCUACUGUUGCGACGGGUGCCAAUGAGACUCUCACCUGGAACCACACCAUCACAGACAUUGAUCUUCCCGGUCUGUCUGCUGAUGUGGGUGCUCUUCCCGCUUGGGAUGAGUAUCUCUGCACUGACACUGAAGGAUAUGCUGGCUGUGUCCUUGGUGGAGGUGUGACAAUUAACUACAUGGUCUUCGUGCACCCACCGGAGCAUGAUUUCGAUGACAACAACAACUGGCCCCAGGGCUGGAAGUGGAAGGAUCUCAAGCCUGCUGCUGAGAGACUUUACAAGCGCAAUCCCGGUACCAUCCUGCCUUCUGCUGAUGGUAAGCGCUAUGACCAGGGUCUUUACAACGUUCUCUCCAACUUCUUCAAGAAGUUGAACUGGACCUCUGUCGAUAUGAUCACUCAGCCCAACGAGAAGUACCAGGUCUACAGUCACCCUGCCUGGAACAUCAAGGACCAAGUCCGCGCUGGUCCCGUCCGCACCUACCUCCCUCUCGCCGAGAAGAGCAAGAACUUCCACCUGAGCCUGCACACCAAGGUUCUGCGCGUUGUGCGUUCCGGAAGCCAUAUCACCGGUGUCGAAGUGAAGACUGCCUCUGGAAAGACCGAGAUCGUAUCCCUCGCCCGUGACGGCCGCGUCGUCCUCGCCGGUGGUGCCCUCGCUACUCCCCGUGUUCUGUUCAACUCCGGUAUUGGACCCAAGCGCCAGAUCGAGACUGCCAAGAAGAGUGGCAUCAACGUUCCCCCCGAGCACGAGUGGAUCAACCUGCCCGUUGGUGUUGGUCUUAAGGAUCACCCCAUCUUCACCAUCAUGGCUCAGACUCCCGGUAACUUCGGUCUCCCCAACUACGAAAGCAUCGUCAACGGCAGCGACAGCAAGGACAUCAGCCUCUACGGCAAGGGGUCCGGUCUUCUGACCCAGGGAAAGCACCGUCUUACUUUCUUCUCUUCCAACAACAUCAACGGCACUACUCGCUACUACCAGGGCUCAUGCGCUCCCGAGUCUGACGCCGUCUUGGAUAUCACCACCUACAUGACCCACGGUCUUACAUCCUCUGGUGUUCUGGGUAUCAACGAGAACCAGACCACUGUUAUCGAGAAGUCUCCUUACUUGCAGACCGCUGGUGACCGUGUCGCUGCCUACCAGUUCAUCCAGUCCCUUGUCAAGGACUUCAACGCCCCCGACUCCGGAUUCGAGUUGGAGACUUACUUGAACACCAGUGCCAUCAUCUCUAGCUUGUCUCCUGGCAUGCACUACACCACCACUGCCAAGAUGGGUACCGAUGAUGGUCGCAAGAACGGUACUUCCGUUGUGGAUGUUAACACCAAGGUGUACGGUACUGAUAACUUGUACAUUGUCGAUGGAAGUAUCCACCCUGACCUCCCUACUGGUAACAUCCAGGCCACUAUCAUGAUCAUCGCCGAGGCUGCUGCUGCCCGUAUCCUUGCUCAGAAAUAA